UGAUCAUUGUGGCAUUGGCGUCACAUUGCCUUGUAAGGCAUUUUGUGUUAAUAAGUUAUCAUUCUUUUAUUAAAACACUUGUCCUACAUUUAUUAUAAUUAAAAAUAAUAUUUGAGUGAAACUAAAAGUUCUUUUUUAACCAUGAUUUAAAGAAAACACAAAAUUGAAUUAUAGGACAAAAUUACUGUGCAAUCAAGAAACAACGCAUAUUUAAAUCAGUGUGCUGUAAAUGAGCUUUAACAUGUAUACGAUGGAUAGUUGUUUGCCUUAUAUUCUAACUGGUAGUAUUUUUUAUGGAUUUGGAUUGAAAUGGUGUUAUGAAUAUGCUAAGUUCUGGAUUUCAUUAAGACCGAAGGAGGACGAGUCCAUGACAAAGGGUAUUAGAUUUUGGAAGAAAUGUAAACGAGUAUUUACCAAUCAUCCAUUAGAAGGUAGUCUUAAGUUAAUAGCAACAGCAAUAGGUUUGUUCGGUACUCUAACAAGCGGUUUGUCAGAUGCUGGAGUAGUAUCUCAUAAAGUUGUCCACGCAACCAUGUAUCUAUUCUUUGCAUUCUCUGGUCUGGUGGACGUUUUAAAUUUUUAUUUUCCUCAUAACAUAAGCGAUGGAUUAGUCAAAAUGGCUUUGGCACAAAGCUUUUUUGUCGAAGGAUUUCUUUUUGUUUGGGCCAUUUGUGAUGAAAGUUCAGCGGUUAACAUAAUUUUAGCAGGUAUCGUUUGGACAACAUCUUUUGCUAUUACCUUAGAACUUGUAUGGCCAGAAAUCAAACUUUUAAGAGCUUGCACAACUCUUUUACACGGUGGAUGGAUAUUUCACAUGGUUCGUAUGUAUCGUGUAGAACCACUCUUACCUGCUAGGGUUGUUUUAGCCUUCUCCUGGCAUAUAGCAGCUGCAUCUGCUAUAACUUUGUGUAUCGUCAGCAUUACAAGAUCUUGUGCGCCAAAAUUAGUAGUUGAGGAACCACCUGAAAUACCAAUUUAUGAUUAUUGUCAAGAACCAGACCAAAGAAUAUAAUUGGAUCAUUUAAUGGUGUAGUGAUAUUGAACACUAUAGGUCUUCAAUCGUCAGGUAGUGAGAUUUUUAUACAAUUAUAUAUUAUCAAAAGAUAGACUCGUAGUAAGCGUAAUCAUACUUAUUGCUAUUAUACAUGAGAUAUUGUACAGCGUAGUACAAUUUAUUUCUUUAAAUUCAUUUUAUACGCAAUAAUAAUAGUAUUAGUACAAUACUGCAAUAAUAUUA